AUGCAGAACUUUCCAAGUCUCAGCGCUGGUGUUUCAACACCCUCACCGCUCACUGAAACCGAGGUCAACUUCAAAAAAGCCCUCCAAGAUGCAAUCAGUCAGAGAAGCGUGAGCUACAAAAGAGUUUUUGUAGUCACAGUCUAUUUUGCGAGCGACGAUACCGAUGCCCAAACAGAUUCCAAGGAGUUCGCAAAGACAAUGAAGAGCCUGCUCGGUCUUCACGAUACCGAUAUGAUCGAAGUGGUAUUUCCAGAUGACGAAGAGGCUGAGAUCUUCUGGAGCAUGAAACAUCUAGAACUUUUAUCUCUUUCUCGCUCUUUCCAAGGCAGAAAAUUAUUUAUCUUUCAUUUUGCCGGCCACGGCUUUUUGAAUCGAUCAAAAGAGCUCAUCCUAUCAGGUACGCAUACGGGAAACAGCCAGGAAAUUCCUUGGGCGGACAUAUAUAGGUUUUUCCUGAGGCCCCGAUUCAAGGACGAGGCUUUUGGUGGAAGAGACGUUGCUUGUAUAUUGGACUGUUGCCAUUCAGGGGCCUUCGUAAGGCCGACCGUGGCAUCCGAAGGAACCGUUGAAGUUUUGGCAGCAUCUGAUUCGAGAGCUAUUACAACCGGCCGGAAGAGUGAGAACGUAGAGGCAACUUUCACCCAGAGAUUCCUUCUCGAAAUGCGAACCUUGGUUGGGCGUGCCGACAAACCGCAUAUUACCCUUCCAGAUGUUUUAAAUGCCUUACAACAACGGAAAAGGGACCCUACGAAAUCAAUGCCUACAUACGGAAUGCUCUAUGGUUCCACUCCGGUACUGUUCCCGGUAACUACACUCCAGCGACCGGAGCAAGCACCAACAUCCUCCUCCUCCUCCCCGAGGCCACACACGUUAGCGACGUGGAGAAGGCCGCAGCAUUCCGUUGGGUUGAAAGUCCACCUCCCAUCCGGAAUAUCGGACGAAUCAACUAGGACCAUGGUAAAAUGGCUCCUUCAGCUAAGAGAUGAUUUCAAAGUCGAGGUCACAUCGGUCAAUGACACCGCCUCAACUGUUGUCUUUCUGUCUGUCCCGUACAGCCAGUUGUACAUAUUUUGUCGGCUCGAAGCUGCAGGUGUGUGCCGGUUUGAACGUAUCUGCGAGAAUAUCUUCUCAGAAAAUCUUCUUGCAUCGUUUCUAGAGCCUGGUUCUCCGGUUGGUCUUCCUGCCUUCCCCAUAGCUGGAUAG